AUGGGUGGUCUUGAACCAAGGGGUGGUGGUGGUGGUAAUGUUGGAGGAGAUCGUGGCCCCGUACUCAUCCGCAUACUUUGGUCGCUGACGGCGCUGGCUGGAAUCACGGCUGCGCUGCGCGUCGUCGUUCGCGUUCGCAACCGCAUGUUUGGAUGGGAUGACAUUUUUAUGAUACUUGCCAUGCUAUGCUUCCUAGGAUGGACCAUUGUCCUGACCCUCUACGCGCAAAAAGGCGGAUCGAUGCAUAUCCAGCACGUCGCCGAGACGGGACCCGACAACGUCGCCAACGUCUUGUUUUUGAAUUGGCUCAGCCAAGUGUUUGGCAUCCUCGGGGUCGCGGCCGGCAAAAUCUCCGUCGCCGCCCUGCUGCUCGCCAUUAUCCGGCUGACGGAGCUGCGGUGGCAGCGCGUAUUUCUCUGGAUCGUGCCGGUGACGCUGGCCAGCCUCGUCGCCAUUGCCUGCUCGACGCUGACGUUUGCGCAAUGCACGCCGGCCAAUGCGCUCUGGGAUCAGCGGGUUAUUGGGGGCAAGUGCAUCGACCCUCAUGUCAUGUCUUCGUUUGGAACCUUUACCGGAGCCUUUAAUACCUUUACCGACGCCAGUCUCGCCAUCGUGCCCGCCACCAUAUUCUGGCAGCUCACCAACAAAACGACCGAAAAGAUGCAGCUCACCAUAGUCUUUGGCCUCAACAUCCUCACCUCCAUCUGCUCGGGCAUCAAAACCCAAUACCUCGCAGAGCUCGCAAACCGCACCGACCAGACGUGGGCCACCUAUGACAUUUUUGUCUGGGUCACCGGCGAGCUGUUUCUCAUGAUUGUGUGCGGCACCAUUCCCACGCUGCACGCGGUGCUCACAUGGCUCCGCAGGGCCGCGAAUCGCUUCAAAAGUUUUUUGGUAAUAAAGUCGCUGGACCAGAAUGAUCCUCAUGUUGGUUCGCGCAAGGCUAGUGCGCCGCUGACUUUGGACGGCGAUGACGACAAGGACAAGGACAAGAUUGAGGCGGAGCAGCUCGCCGAGCUGCGCGCCAGGGCGCAUCUCUCCAUCAAGACGAAAACGACGGUUGAGAGGGUUGAUUUAUACACUGACAAUAGUGACGGGCUAUUCGAGGAUAAAAAUGGCGUGCGGGUGGACAUGAUGUACGACGUGCGGCGAGAGAGCAGACCAAACUCGGCGGUGCCGCCUGCUGAGCGACGUGGAGACCACUCAUGA